GCGGGAAAAAAGUCUCCGGUUUUCGCGCCAAAGGUGGAGCCUAGGAAGGUCCUGCGUUGGAAAAGCGGAUUUUGGGUUGCUGUCGGAUCACGUCGGGAUGGCGGCACCCGUGGACGAUACGGAGCUGCGAGAAGCCCAGCGAGACUACCUGGACUUCUUGGACGACGAGGAAGACCAAGGAAUUUACCAGAGUAAAGUCCGCACCAUGAUUAGCGAUAACCAAUACCGUUUGAUUGUCAAUAUCAAUGACCUCCGAAGAAAGAACGAGAAGAGAGCCAGACGGUACGUUCUGAAUUCACAACCUUUCACCUCAUACUGCAAGGCAGACUUGACUUCAUUCCUGCCUCUUUUACAGUACGAUCAGUACAAAACCCCCAUGGAGAACAUCGGCCUUCAAGACUCCUUGCUCUCCCGUUUCGAUCUGCUCUUCAUUGUCUUGGAUCAAAUGGAUCCCGAGCAAGAUCGGGAGAUCUCGGACCACGUUUUGCGGAUGCACCGCUACCGGGCCGCCGGUGAACAAGACGGGGACGUCAUGCCUCUGGGCAGCUCCGUUGAGCGGCUGGCCACGGAGGAUCCCAGCCUUGCAGAGGAGGAAGAGCAGGAGGUGCAGAUAUAUGAAAAACACGAUGAUCUGCUGCACGGGCCGAAAAGGCGGAAAGAGAAGAUCGUCAGCGUGGAGUUCAUGAGGAAGUACAUCAACUUUGCCAAGAUGCUCAAGCCAGUGCUGACUGAGGAGGCCGCGGCGUUCAUAGCCAAGUCUUACUCUGAGCUUCGCAGUCAAGAAGAAGUGAACUCCGACGUUGCUCGAACUUGCCCCAUCACGGCCCGUACGCUAGAAACACUGAUCCGGCUCUCUACUGCGCACGCUAAAGCCCGCAUGUGUAAAAGCAUCGACGAGGUGGACGCAAAAGCCGCUUUGGAUCUGGUGCAGUUUGCCUACUUCAAAAAGGUUCUGGAGAAAGAAAAGAAACGGAAGAAGCAGUCCAGAGACGAGGCAGAGCAAGAAACAGACGAAGAAGAGGAACGGGAAACCGAAAGGAAGCAGAAAAAGAGAAGGAAGGCCACGGGAGGGGAGCGACCCGAUCCCUACGACUUCAGCGACACAGAGGAGGAGAUGCCUGAGGUUCAAGCACGGACCCCCAAAUCUCCUGAUCCUCCAGGAACCGGAGAGACUAAAACAAAACUGGCUGAAUCUAGGCUGAAAGAAUUCAAGGCUGCCCUUCUGGAGGUGUUCCGCUCAACUCACGCGCAGUCGGUUGGUCUGGAGAACGUGAUGAAGUCCAUCAACCAAGAUAGGCCGACACCCUUCUUGUCUUCUGAGGUGAAGGCAGCUCUGGAGCAGAUGCAAGACGACAACCAGAUCAUGAUGUCGGAUGACAUAAUUUUCCUGAUCUAAGUAUGCCUAAGAGAAAGCGGAGAGUUCCCCUUCCCGCUUGGAGCUCCUUUGUGUGAUAGCCCCCCCACCCCCCAAAAAAAGUAUUGGGUUGAUCAGAACCUUGCCUUUCAGCUUGGAUCAAUGUGUAUGAGGAAAGCCAGGACUCCUUUUUGAAGGAUCUUUGUAGCUAUGUCCUUCGUCUUUGCUUUUUCAAAGAAAGGGGAAAUCUUUGUUUUUGAAUUACUUAACUACCUUGUAAGCUACUUUAAUCCGUGUGUCCUAAAUCGAUUGGUGGUUGCGAGUAUCGAAACAAACCUCUGUUGUCAAAUUCUCACAGUUUAAAACAUUUUCAUUAUAGAAGCCGCUACUGCUCUUCCAGAUCCAUUCCUACAUCCUGUCUUUGUUUCCUCAACUGCGCAAUGAAUCGAAGCUUAAAUUAUGUACCUAGAGUUUAACACACAAACUUCACUCUGUGAUGAGGACUUUUAAAACAAGCUCAAAUGUUUUGUUUCUGAGGCAAUUAAAGUAUAUUUAGAACCAAAAA